AUGGUGAGGGAGAAGGCCACCGGAGCCGGCAAGGACGGCAGCGUCAAGGAGGUCCGCUACCGCGGCGUCAGGAAGCGGCCGUGGGGGCGCUACGCCGCCGAGAUCCGCGACCCGGGGAAGAAGAGCCGCGUCUGGCUCGGCACAUUCGACACCGCCGAGGAGGCGGCGCGCGCGUACGACGCCGCCGCACGGGGGUUCCGCGGCUCCAAGGCCAAGACCAACUUCCCCCUCCCUCUCCCCUUCGCCGCCGCAGCCGCGUACAGCCCCAGCCAGAGCAGCACCGUCGAGUCUUCCAUCGGGGACCUCGCCCAACGCGGCGACCACGUGGAGCUCGAUCUCACGCGCCGCCUCGGCGCCGCGGCGGAGCGCGGCCCGAGCUCCGUCCCCGGCUGGCGGCCGAUUUUCCUGUACGGCGCGAUGGCGCGGCAGGGGACGGCGGCGGAUGGGAUCGGGUUCUUCCCCCACGGCGGCGUGCGGCGAAGCGAGUCGGACACCUCGUCGGUGGUGGAUGAGAACCAUGUCGACGGAUCUGAUGCUAAGAGAGGGUUGGAUCUCGAUCUGAACAUGCCGCCGCCGGUGGAAGCUUGA